GACCAUGAAAUAACAUUUUCUUUCAUAAACAAGGGUAGCUGGAAUUCCCUGGCGAUGGAGUACAGCACACCGCUGUUUUCUGAUUGGAGCGUCGCGGUGCUCGGCAAAAGGAUAAAAAGAAGCGUCCAGGUUGACCAUCGUCAUCCUCAGCAUCCAAAACCACGUAAGGAAGGGAGGAGCAGAGUGGAGGAGAAGACAGAGGAAACAGGCCAGGGGAGUCGAUGCGACCGAUGGAUCAAGGAUGACGAAUGCAACUGCGCUUACCUUUUUUCACUUGGCAGGGUUGAGUCACAUGACACAGAGGCUCCGAUUGUUUCUGUUCGCUGUUACCUUGUUGUGUUACGCUGCCAUUUUGCUGGUCAACGGUGUUCUUAUUGUUACCAUCAUACUGGAGAAAAAACUGCACGAACCGAUGUAUAUCUUUUUAUGCAAUUUAUGCGUUAAUGGCCUGUACGGGACGAUUGUCUUUUUCCCCAAAUUCCUUCAUGAUCUGUUGUCCACGAGCCACAUGAUAUCUUAUUUUGGCUGUAUGAUGCAGAUCUUUGUCAUCUAUUCUUACGCGGCAUCUGAAAUUGCCGUUUUAACAGUGAUGGCUUACGACCGCUACGUGGCCAUAUCCCGACCGCUGGAGUAUCAGUCCAUUAUGACCAAAUGCAGGGUGGUGUUGUUGGUGUCCUUUUCCAGACUCAUGCCAGUGUUCUGCCAGACCGUAGUGAUGAUCAUGAGCUCCCAACUGGAAAUGUGCGGUUCCCACAUCAACAAACUGUACUGCGAGAACUGGUCCCUCCUUCAACUCUCCUGCAAUCCCACAACUUCCAACAGCAUUGUCGGAUUUAUGAACGUUGUAUUUUACUUUGGGCACGAUCUUUUUAUCAUGUGCUCUUAUGUGCAUUUGGUUAAAUUGGCUUUCAGGUCAAAGGAAGGGAAAAAGAAGUUCAGGCAGACAUGCGUCCCUCAUCUGCUGUGCUUGUUCAACAUCACGGUGGCUUUGCUCUUUGACCUCAUGUACGCUCGCUACGGCACCGGCUCCAUGCCUCAGAGCCUCCGAAAUUUCAUGGCCAUCCAGAUUCUCACCUUUCCGCCUUUGCUCAAUCCUAUUAUUUAUGGCUUGAAACUCUCCAAGGUUCGCAACGCUGUUUUACAACAUGUGAGAAGGAAGAAGGGCUGAAUCGUAAAUUAGGAUGUAUUUUGUGCAAUUGAACAAGAUAGUCUGCUCUCUUAUUUAAAUGAGGUUUUUGGAAAUUUGUCAUAAGGGGAAAAAAAUAACAAGGCUUGUACAAUUAAGUCCCAUUCUGUAGUUUCUUUUUCAGCUGGCUGUGACAAAGACAAGUAACUAUAUUUUGAGUCCAAUGCUUAUUUUUCUGGUUCAA